UUUCUAUUCCUUUAGCUCACGUCUCUGCCUGAGUUUUAUGAGGAUUACGUUUUUGAUUUGGCCAAAAUUGAAAGUUACUUUGUUCACUCACCUGGCUUUACUAACAAGGUUUAAACAAUAUCUCAGGAUUUGCCUUCUCACCUGGAAUGGGGUAGCCACGAAUUCAGUGGAAACCUGGAGAACCGCUGAAAUGUAUCCUUAGCCUUUCAGUAGUUCAACAGACGGAAGGCUAUUAGCCCAGGUCAGGUGCCAUCUUCUCCAAGAAGUAGUUAGUCCCUAAUCGCCUAACAGACCUCUCCCUCUUGGCCAUUUUCCCCGAGCACUUCUUCUGCCCCUUAAACCCUGUUAAUCACGGGACGCCAGGGAUUAUGCGCAUCUGUGCUUGGAUCCAUCCCGCAGGUUGUAAACUAUUUGAGGGCAAGGAUGGGCCAUUGUUUUCCAUUUUGUAUCCCAGCGGCCAUUGGGGAUGUAAUUACAACUCUAAUUAUAAUGAGCAUUUAUAGAACACGUUAAAGCACAUGGCAUACAUUAUUUCGUUUGAUCUUGGUGUAAAACAGAUGGUUAAUACAAGUUCUACUGAAUCGUCUAAUCAACAAUCUUCUACAAAUUGUCCGGACUCUUUCCUUUUCUUCCCUGCUUCAACCCUGUUCUUCCUUUCGAUUCAUCUACUGUCCUACUUUUUCAGGGCCAGCUAGACUAGGGGUUGGGGGUGCUGAUUUUGUCUGGGGUGAGGGGUUAAAUCCAAACGAUUAGAAAAGUGUCUAGUGGUUAAUAAAAGUUUGAGAGAAUGCUGGGCUGUGAAGUCAUAAGUUCGGGGUUCGAAUCUCUGACAGGGACCUCAUCCGUAGGGCAUCUCUACAAAGGCUCGCUCUUCCUUCUCUCGCUUUCUGAGGUCAGCUUCUUCCCCGCCGGGCUCUUUUGUGGGAGGCCCACCCGCUGCCAUCGCCUUCAGAAUAGGUGUUUAUGUAUAUAAUCUGGCAUGUACAAGACCCUGUUUGGUUUUUUUACGGUUUUCACACACAGCUAGUGCUUAAUAAAUGUUUGCUGACUUGACCAACAAGAUACAUUAGUUCCCAUGGCACGUGCCAAGAGCUUAAUAAAUGCUUGCUCGUCGUUAAUUUAUUCCCGGCAGGACCUCCGCCUGGACGGGUACCUAGGUACGGCUCCACAGCGGCAGAGCACGCGAAGGAUCCCACCCGGUCCGCGGGCCCCGCCCUAGGUCCGGCGCUUCUCUCUGGCGACCACAGCCAGGGUUCCUCAGGCUGAGAUGGCACGUGAAGUAGAGGGAAACUCAAGCAGGAGAGCUCUUGAACUCAUGAGCGCCCUCUUCGGGAAGCACCUGUUAUUUCACUCCGCCGGAAGGGCCGGGGAGGAUUCUUUUGGCGGAAGAGGCGGAGCCGGCACUGGAGAACACGGAAGUAGUUUCUCAGCAGCCCGCCUCCAAGAUGGCGGCGCAGCGUUAGUGCUCUAUCACGUGAUGUUAGUGGGGGUUGCUGGGAAGGAGGCAAGUCCAAUCCUAGGUCUGCGGACCAUGGCUACUGCUGCCCUGCGUGAGCGGGCUCCGGCGCGCGAGGAAGAGGAGGACGAAGAAGAGGAGGAGCAAUUGGUCAUGGUGGAAUUAUCAGGAAUUAUAGAUUCAGAGUUUUUAACAAGAUGUGGAAACAAAUGCAAGAUUUUGGGCAUUGACACAGAGAGACCUAUUCUUCAAGUGGACAGCUAUGUCUUUGCUGGGGAAUAUGAAGAUACUCUUGGGACCUGUGUUGUGUUUGAAGAAAAUACAGAUCAGGUCGAUGCAGACGGUAACCAUAAAACAGAGCUAAAAUAUAAGUGCCACACAAUGAAGAAGUUGAGUAUGACGAGAACACUUCUGACUGAGAAGAAGGAGGGUGAAGAAAACAUAGGUGGUGUAGAAUGGCUGCAGAUCAAGGACAAUGAUUUUUCAUAUAGACCCAACAUGAUUUGUAGCUUUGCACAUCAGAAGGAAGAUGAGGAAGUUGCAGCUCAAGCCCCAGACAAAACUUUGGAAGUGGAAGAGCAGGAGAUCCAAGCCAAAGAGAACAUUGGCAUGGGCAGUGAACUGGAAAAAGCAGACCACUUGGAAAUGGAAGAUGCUGGUCCUCUUCUUGAUAGCCCUUCUUCUGAGACAGAAGAUUCUACUUCUAUGGAAACUCAGGAGCCUGCCUUAGAAGCCACUCUUAGGUGACAUCAUUCUUAUAGGUUUUAGGCAUGAGCAUAACUGGAGUUCUGAUUUUGGAGAAUUGAGAGUGUAUAGCUUUCAUUUAUUCAUGGACUCCAUGAUUAUUAGCCAUACACAUAGUAUAGAUGCAUAUUUUUGGAUAAGUCAGGACCAAGCAAUAACCAGGUAAUUCUUUAAAAAAAAAUUUUUUUUAAUUCCUCUCCUUCAGAUUCUCUAAAUUAGAGAUUUUGGCUGAAGUGGGUAUUGUAUGUAAGGGCACUAUUUUCAGGAGACUUAAAGGACUUCUGGGAGCUUGACUAGAGGGAUCCUGAAUAAAACAUAGCUAUGUAUUCAAGCCUUUCCUCUAAGAGGAUAAUCAGGAAAUUCUAGUAGUUACUAGAGAGCAUUGUUUGGUCCUGCUAAUUUUAAUCAAGGCAUUUUAUUCUGCACCCAUGAUUGGACUUUUUUCAAGUAUGGAAAUCCCUUCCAUAUUAUUAAUGCAGUCCCCAUCCUUUACCUCUUCUCCCUUCCCUAACUUAAUUUUGAAGAGUUGUGAGGGGCCUUCAGAGGUUAAGUGAUUUGCCCCCAGGAGUCAUACAGCUAGUAUGUCGGGGAAGAACCUGGGAUUUCCUGGCUCCCAAGGCUCUCUUCUCUGUACCAUGAUUCCUCUCUAUCUUGGAAAGAAACUUAAUUUUCAGAAUUAUUACAGACUUCUGAUUCUAUAACAUUGGGUUUACAUACCUUAUUCCUAUAGCAUGAGGAACUAUAGAGGAUCAUUUUGUAAGAUUGUAUAACAAGCCAUCCCAGAUAAGCAAGAGUCAGAUAAAUGAGGUGAUAAUGUAGUGUGUUUACAUGAAAAGGGAGUAAUAAAUGAAAAACAUGGAUUCAUUUUAUCAUCUUGUUUGUUUAUAACAAUGUUUGGUAUAUAGUAAA